AGAAGAAGAAGAAGAAGAAGGAGAAGAAGAAGAAGAAGAAGGAGAAGCAUGACAUCAUGCUCAGCUCUGAGCGUCUCUGCAAAAAACAGCGGCUGAAACAUCUCCGUUCGUCCCACGACUGCAAAGCGCGGUCGACGGCAGGGCGACGCGUCUGCGCUGUGUGAAAACAGCGUCCCUGUCUGUGCUACGCUUUCGAUCCGGGAGACUGGAGCUCUGACUGGAGCCCGGUGUGCGCGAGCGGAGGCAAGGAGGGGCAUCCGUCUGUCCGUCCGUCCGUCUGUCUGUCAGUCAGUCAGUCUGUCCACACGUCCAUCCGACAGACCGGGGGGAAUGGCGGAUGGCGAGGCUGGCGCGACUGUGGAGUGCAGAGGGACAGUGGUGAUGGAGGUUUAGCAGAAUAACAUCCGCAGUCUUAUUUCCGUGCAUAGCUUGGUUUUUCAUCAUUGACCAUGGAUCCUGAGAAUAAGCUGACAUUCUGCCUCGGGCUGAAGGCGGAGGAGAUGACCAUGUCCCUGCAGGGGCUGCACGGCACCGAAACAGCUACGACUGCUGUUUCUCAGAAGGAGGCAGACACUCGCACAGUUAAUAAGGUGGUGAAGCAGCACCCGGGGUCUGGUAGCCAGCCUGUAGUCAGCCCCAAGUACUGUCCCGGUGUGAACAAUAACCCAGGUUACCUGUGUGAAACCGGACACUGCUGUGGAGAGACGGGCUGCUGUACCUACUAUUAUGAACUCUGGUGGUUUUGGCUCUUGUGGACGGCGCUGAUCCUCUUCAGUUGUUUCUGCGCUUACCGCCACCGCAGAGCCAAGCUGAGGAUCCAGCAGCAGCAGAGACAGAGGGAGAUCAACCUGAUCGCCUACAACGGAGCCUGCAACUACCCGUCCUCAAUGCUCGACCUCAGUUUUCUGGCUUCCUUCAAGUUGCCGUCCUACGAGGAGGUGGCUGCGCAGCCCUGCACCCCUCCUCCGCCUUACAGCUCUGUCUUUGCUCUGCAGGCUGGUACCAUGGGGGGGCCUAGCUCCUCUUUCCCCCACUAUCACCAUCACCGUAACCCCUGCCCCCCCUAUCCGGACCCCGGCCCCAGUGGCAUGACUUCUUCCCAGAGCUCUGACAACUACACCAGCUGCUCCUGCGAGUCGUGCUCCCUCACCUCCCCCUCAAGCACCUCCUUCUCCGUGCAGGUGACCGACGAGACUUACGACAGCAGCCACAUCUCCACACCCAGUGAGGUAGGAGGCGACUGUGCCAUUAUUCCAAGACUAGGGGCCACUUACACACCAACACCCUCCCCCCCACUUCCAUCACAACCUGAUGUCAUACCUGCAGCCAGACCAGAUUUCCUCCCCGUGCAGACACGUCCCUCUAAUGGCAGUGAAGGAAUCUCACCUCCAGCUUCAUCCCUUUCUCUUCCAUUACACUCUCAUUGUUCACCUUCUUGCCUGCCGCUUUCUCCCCUCAUCCUCUUAUCUUCCCUCCCGUCUGGUCAAGUCCAUCCUCUUGUCCUCUCAGACCCGCUUGGACCCACCGCAGUCCAGAGCGAGAAAGGAGAUGCGGCCUCACCUCACGGUCCGACACCCAGGGCCACGCUGCUGCCCCCUAAGCAUGUUCUCCUCUCCUCAAAUAUGGCUGUGUUCACGCGUUGCAACAGCAAAGAAGAGCAGAAGCAAGAGAAAGAAGAGGAGGAGGAGGAGGAGGAAGACGAAGAUGACGAGGAGGAUCAUUUCCGGCACCGGCGACUCACAGGUGACUCAGGCAUUGAGGUGUGUCGCUGUCAUGUGAAGAGAGAGGAUCUGGAAGAAGAGGAACUGCAGAAGGGGCAUUUGGGGAGAGGAGAGAAAGAGGCCGUGAAGGGGGAGGAGAUGGAGGACGUGCUACACGACAGCAUGGACUGUUCCCGUCGAGUGAAGGCCAGCGGGCAGCUGCCUCUGCUGGACGACUGAGCUGAGCAGCGUGGCAGCAUCUCCUCAUCCUCUGGUGCAAAGCCAUUGUCACUGUGGAGGCCUCGUACACUGACGGCCAAUGAGAAGUAUUAAAACAAGAGGGGGGGGGGGCUACUGUAGAAAGGUUACAAAUCAAAAGACAGGAUGAAUGGAGCCUCUUGUUUUCUUUGGGUUCUGUUUCAGAACUUAGAGAGGAAGGUUUUGUUUAUUUUAGUUGGCUGAGUUGUUUAGAGGUUCGGGAGAAAGUCUCUUCUCUUUCUCUUUCUCCAUCAUUUUCCUGCAUGUUAAUCAAAACAAAUCUUUUACACGUAGCUUAGUGUCAGUGUACCACCAGCCCUCCACCGUUGACUUUGUAUCUCUCUGCUUGCUAAAUAUUAGCUUUUUUUUCCCCAGAGAAAUUCCUCAAAGUUGGUGGUUGUCAACGGUUGAUAUAUCAGAAACGGAAUGAAAGUAGGAUAAUGACAAAUGGAAUCUACCUUAUAGACUUAAAAGCUACUUUUCUAGUUGCUUUCUAUAUUUAUAUAUAUAUAUAUAUAUAUAUAUAUAUAAAUACAGAUUGUUUCACAGUUAGUGCCGAUUGAAUUUCAACAAUCUGAGAAGCUGAUAAGUCAAUCUUUGGUUGAACAACAUAUGCAAAGUAAGAUAUUCUUUCACUUUGAGGUGUUUGGAACCACAACUGUGUAUAUAUAUAGUGUAGCAACAGCAGGAUAACGGUGUACUCAGCAUUAUUUCCGUCAUCCCACACUGUUUGAUCAGCACUUGUUAUCACAAAAUACACUGAUUAUCACCAAUAGAUAUUUUCUUUUAUUUUGAAAGGAGCAGCUUCAA